UAACUAAAGGCAAGCUAUUAUUAAACGAUUUAUAGUUUAUGUAUUUGCACUUGUAGCCUACAUUGGGCUGGGUAGCAUAUCCUUAUCAAGUCGUAAAUCUUUGGCGUUUUUCAUUUUUGAGGAAUAUGAGGGUGAUCAAGCAAAACUGAGUUGUUCGACAACUCAUCCAAGGGAAGACACCUGCGGUCACCAGGAAAGGGGUCAGAAGUGGCAAACACAUUUAGCUCAACUCUGGAAUUCGGGAAUAUGACAAUUCUAAUUAGAUGAAAAAACUUUGAGAUUAUCAACAAUGAUGAGAUAUUGUCGUUUAUAAAUAGUGCGGUGAUUCUCCAUGCUCCCGUAGUUUCGGUGAUAUUGUUGGAGAGUGCUCUUGUUGUUGGACCAUGUCCGCAAACGAGUUAUAUUCAAAGUACACUCGGGUGUGGAUCCCAGACCCAGAGGAUGUGUGGAGAGCUGCAGAGAUCAUCAAAGAUUACACGGAGGGAGAGCCCAUCCUUUACCUCAAACUUGAAGAUGAAACGCCGCUGGAAUACCGCAUCGGACCCAAAGACAACGCUCUUCCCUUCCUCCGGAACCCUGAUAUCCUGGUGGGGGAGAAUGACCUCACAGCUCUCAGCUACCUGCACGAGCCUGCUGUCCUGCACAACCUCAAAGUGCGCUUCACCGAGUCCAAUCACAUCUAUACAUACUGUGGCAUUGUGCUGGUGGCCAUCAACCCCUACGAGCAGCUGCAGAUCUAUGGAGAGGAGGUCAUCAAUGCCUACAGUGGGCAGAACAUGGGAGACAUGGACCCACACAUCUUUGCUGUUGCUGAGGAGGCAUACAAGCAGAUGGCCAGAGAUGAGAGGAACCAAUCCAUCAUAGUAAGUGGAGAGUCAGGGGCAGGGAAGACCGUCUCUGCUAAGUACGCCAUGCGGUUCUUCGCCACUGUGGGAGGGUCAGCCAACGACACCAAUGUUGAGGAGAAGGUGCUGGCCUCCAGCCCCAUCAUGGAGGCUAUUGGAAAUGCGAAAACCACUCGCAACGACAACAGCAGUCGUUUUGGGAAGUACAUCCAGAUUGGUUUUGACAGGAGUUAUCACAUCAUAGGAGCCAACAUGCGCACGUAUCUGCUGGAGAAGUCAAGGGUAGUCUUUCAGGCAGAGGAUGAGAGGAAUUACCACAUCUUCUACCAGCUGUGUGCCUCGGCUAGCUUGCCAGAGUUCAAAGACCUAGCCUUGACCAGUGCAGAGGACUUCAUCUUCACAUCACAAGGAGAGAACAUCUUCAUUGAGGGGGUUAAUGAUGCUGAGGACUUUGAGAAGACGAGAGAAGCAUUUACGUUACUGGGUGUUAAUGACAGCAAUCAAAGCAGCAUAUUCAGAAUCAUAGCUUCCAUCCUGCAUCUGGGAAACGUGGAGAUCUGCUCGGAGAGAGACGGAGACUCCUGCCACAUAUUAAAGAACGACCCUCACUUGGCGCAUUUUUGCCAGUUGCUGGGGGUGGAGCUGGAGCAGAUGGAGCACUGGCUAUGUCACAGGAAGCUGGUUACCACGUCAGAGACCUACGUCAAGAACAUGUCUCGCAAACAGGCAGCUAAUGCACGCGACGCACUCGCCAAGCACAUCUACGCCCACAUGUUUGACUGGAUCGUGGAGUACGUCAACAAGUCCCUGCACACCUCCUCCAAACAACACUCUUUCAUUGGUGUUCUGGACAUCUACGGAUUUGAGACCUUUGAAAUAAACAGCUUUGAGCAGUUCUGCAUCAACUACGCCAAUGAGAAACUUCAGCAGCAGUUCAACCAGCAUGUGUUCAAGCUGGAGCAGGAGGAGUACAUGAAGGAGCAGAUCCCCUGGACGCUCAUCGACUUCUAUGACAACCAGCCUUGUAUCGAUGUCAUAGAGGCCAAGCUGGGAAUCCUGGACCUGCUGGAUGAGGAGUGCAAGGUGCCAAAAGGGACAGAUCAGAACUGGUGCCAGAAGCUGUACGAUCGCCUAUCAAGCAGCGUCCAUUUCCAGAAACCACGGAUGUCCAACACAUCUUUCAUUGUCAUUCACUUUGCUGAUAAGGUUGAGUACCAGUGUGACGGGUUCCUGGAGAAGAACAGAGACACUGUCUACGAGGAACAGAUUAACAUUCUGAAGGCCAGCAAGUUCCAGCUCAUGGCAGAUCUGUUCCAGGACACUAAUAAAGACAGCAGCAUUUCCACAUCUUCCUCCAGCAAGUCCUCCAGGGUCAACGUGCGAGCGUCCAAACCAACACCCAAAGUCCCCAACAAGGAGCAUAGGAAAACCGUGGGCCACCAGUUCCGUAGCUCCCUGCAGCUUCUCAUGGAGACCCUGAAUGCCACCACCCCCCACUAUGUGCGUUGCAUCAAGCCUAAUGAUGAGAAGGAGGCAUUCUCGUUUGAGUCUAGGAGAGCUGUGCAGCAACUGAGAGCAUGUGGAGUCCUGGAGACCAUCCGCAUCAGUGCUGCUGGGUACCCAUCAAGGUGGACGUACCCAGACUUCUUCAACAGAUACAGAGUCCUCAUGAAGAAGUCAGAUAUGACCAUUGGAGACAAGAAGCUGGUGUGCAGGAACCUGCUGGAGACCCUGGUCAAGGACCCAGACAAGUUCCAGUUUGGUAAGACCAAGAUCUUCUUCAGAGCAGGCCAAGUGGCCUACCUGGAGAAGCUGAGGGCAGACAAGUUCCGCUCCGCCUGCAUCAAGAUCCAGAAGACGGUGCGAGGCUGGCUGCAGAGGGUCCGCUACCAGAAGAUCCGGAAGUCCGCCAUCAACCUGCAGAGAUAUGGCCGUGGAUACAUGGCCCGCCGGUAUGCGGAGCAGCUGCGUCUAACCCGCGCUGCUCUGAUCUUCCAGAAGCAGUAUCGUAUGGUCAGAGAGCGGAGGGACUAUCUAAGAGUGAGACAGGCUGUUGUCACCAUCCAGGCCUUUACCAGGGGCAUGUUAACGCGCAGGAUCUUCCAGGAGUUCCUUCUGCACCACAAAGCCAUGAUCAUCCAGAAGCAUGUCCGAGGCUGGCUCACCAGGAGGAAGUUCAGGCGGGCACGGAACGCCGCCAUCACCAUCCAGUGUGCCUACCGCCGCAUGCGAGCCAAGCGGGAGCUGAAACAGCUGAAGAUUGAGGCGAGGUCCGCUCAACAUCUGAAGAAGCUCAACACGGGCAUGGAGAACAAGAUCGUCCAGCUGCAGAGGAAGAUGGAUGACCAGACCAACGAUCUGAAGACUCAGAAUGAGCAGCUGGUAGUGGCCAAAGCCUCCCUGGGCUCAGAGGUGAACAAGCUGCAGAAGGAGCUGGAGAUGAUGCGCAGUCGCCAGGGAGACGGCAGUCAGCUGACCUCUCUUCAGGAUGAGCUGGAGAAGCUCAGGGCUGAGCUCCAGGAAGCACACACCCACAUGAAGAAGCUGGAGGAGAAGCACAGCAACGAGAAGAUGGGACUGGAACAGAGAGUGGAGGAGCUGGACAGGGAGAAUUCCAUGCUGAAGAGUGAAAAGGAGGAGAUGAACCGAAGGAUUCUUCACCACUCCAAGAGCACGGAAGACCAGGAGAGCAGUGCAUCCCAGAGUGUGGGUCGGGUCCAGGCAGAGCUGGAUGAGGAGAGGCAGCGCUACCAGAACCUGCUCAGGGAGUUCUCCAGACUGGAGCAGAGAUAUGACAACCUACAGGAGGCCAAGUUCCAACCUGGCCACAAGAGAAACAAUUCUACUCAGAGCAGCCUGGAGUCUGACUCCAACUAUCCUUCCAUUUCUACCUCGGAGUUGGGAGACACUGACGAUGCAAUCCAGCUCGUAGAGGAGAUGGGAGUGGAGAAGGCAGCAAUGGACAUUGGUGUGUUCAUGAAGCUGCAGAAACGUGUUCGAGAGCUGGAACAGGAGAGGAAGAGACUGCAAGUCAACCUGGAAAAGAUGGAGGACCAGGUUAACUGCAAGGGAAUUGAGCCAAAGACUACGUCGGAGCAAGAGAGUGAGGACCUGGCCUACAACAGUCUCAAGAGGCAGGAGCUGGAGUCUGAGAACAAAAAGCUGAAGAACGACCUGAACGAACUGAGGAAGGCCAUUGCUGACCGCGCCUCCCAGAACAGCUCCUCCAAUGAGCUGCAGGACGGCUACAACCUGCUGCUUGGCCAGCUCAAAGCAGCCAAUGAGGAACUGGAAGUGCGCAAGGAGGAGGUCCUCAUCCUCAGGACUCAAAUUGUCAGUGCAGCCCAUCAGAAAGAGGAGACAACCAAUCAGAUCUCAUUGGCAGCAGAGAACUGGAAGGAAAGGAGGCCAAAGGAGGUGUUGGCUUUGGGGAUGACCCGUGAGAAAUGCCUGCUGGAGCGUGUGCUACGGGAAACCAAUAACGUGCCUGAAUGGACCAACAGCAAGAAGCCCAUAGACAAGGAGGAGGCUGUGAGGGCCUACCAUGGACUAUGUGAGUCUAAGAAGCUGCUGGAGGCCCAGCUUCAGUCUCAGGCCAGGAAGCACGAGGAUGAGCUGGCAGCGUUCAACACCCAGAUUGAGCUGCUGAAGGACGACAUAGAGAAGAAACAGGAGAUGCUGAACCACACAAUGUCUCUGUCCCCUGAGGCCCAGGUGGAGUACAGCGUCCAGCAGGAGAUCACUCGCCUCACCAACGACAACCUGGACUUAAAAGAGCUUGUGGAGAAACUGGAGAAGAACGAGAGGAAGCUGAAGAAGCAGCUGAGGAUCUACAUGAAGAAAGUUCCAGAUAUGGAAGUGUCUUUGACUGCAGCAUCAUCCCAGCCCACCAAGGCCAAGCCACAGUUGACCCGUCAGGUGACUGUCCAGCGCAGAGAGAAGGACUUUGAGGGCAUGCUGGAGUACUACAAGGAGGACGAGGCUCUGCUGGUCAAAACACUAAUCACUGACAUGAAGCCCAAUGCUGUAUCAGCAACAGUGCCCUGCCUACCUGCCUACAUCCUCUUCAUGUGCAUCCGCCAUGCGGACUACAUCAACGAUGAUCAGAAGGUCCACUCUCUGCUCACCUCCACCAUCAACGCCAUUAAGAAGGUCCUCAAGAAAAACAAUAAUGACUUUGAGAUGACCUCCUUCUGGCUGGCCAACACGAGUCGUCUGCUGCACUGUCUCAAGCAGUACAGUGGAGAUGAGGCGUUUAUGACUCAGAACACAGCCAAACAGAAUGAGCACUGCCUGAAGAACUUUGACCUGGCAGAGUACCGCCAGGUGCUGAGUGAUCUCUCCAUUCAGAUCUACCAGCAGCUCAUCAAGGUGGCAGAGCACAUGAUGCAGCCCAUGAUCGUGUCGGCCAUGUUGGAGAGUGAGAGCAUCCCCAGCCUGGCGGGAGUAAAGCCCAUGGGUUACAGGAACCGCUCCUCCAGUAUGGACGGGGAGGGCCCGGGGAGCUACACCCUGGAGGCCCUGAUCAGACAGCUGGGCCAGUUCCACGGGGUGAUGGGCGAGCACGGCCUGGACCCAGAGAUAGCAGGCCAGGUGAUCCGGCAGCUGUUCUACAGCAUCAACGCUGUCACCCUCAACAACCUGCUGCUCAGGAAAGACGUCUGCUCCUGGAGCACUGGCAUGCAGCUCAGGUACAACAUCAGUCAGAUGGAGGAGUGGCUGAGGGGGAAGAACCUUCACCAGAGCGGGGCGGUGGUUAACAUAGAGCCCGUUAUCCAGGCCGCCCAACUGCUGCAGGUCAAGAAGAAGACGUCCCAGGAUGCCGAGGCGAUCUGCUCCCUGUGCACCUCUCUCACCAUGCAGCAGAUCGUAAAAAUUCUCAACCUCUACACCCCACUCAACGAGUUUGAGGAAAGAGUCACUGUGUCCUUCAUCCGAAACAUCCAGCAUCGUCUGCAGGAUAGGAACGAUGUCCCAAUGCUCCUGGUGGACACCAAGCACACCUUCCCUGUCCUGUUCCCCUACACCCCUUCCGCCCUCAGCCUGGAGACCCUGCACAUCCCUGCCAACCUAAGCCUAGACUUCCUCACUCGAGUCUGAGGCUUCAGCAAGGCCUACCACAGGCCUGGUUCUUAGCAAAGAAGAGCAGAGCCCAAAAGAGCUCCCUCUAACCUGGGUAACUUACUUCCAGCUGUUGAUCUCAACAGCAGAGGGCGACAAAACUCCAGGACUCACUGGAAGACAAAGAACCUUCCAACUGACCAACAAUGGAGUCUGUCAAGUCUCUGUCUGUGUAAAUCCAGCAGAAUGUGGUAUUAAGUCAUCCUUUUUACCUGUCCACAACUGCAGCCUCCCUUGGUGUCUUCUACAGCUGACUAUUGAGAUGCUGUGCUUCAAUGAUUAACCAUCAGUUCUGUCCCAUGCAGUCAUUUAUUUUAUUCAUUGUAAGAUGUCUUUAUGGUAAACCCACUGUAAUGAAUUCCUCUUACAGAUGAAAUGAAUCUGUCUAAAUGUGUGCACUCACACUUCCCAUUGACAAAGCAUUAAUUUCCAGUCAGCCACUCUGCCUAGCAUUCAAGGUGUCUUGUUCUACUGUGUAACUGUCUGUCUGCCUCAUGAUGAGUUAAUUCUCUAUGUCUCAGCCAUACUCCUCUUUAGGAGCAGACAGGAGCAGCACUGCAUUGCAGUGGCUCUGCUGCACACAGGCCUGUAGCUCUGCUUCUCUCUAUCUUUCCUACGCCUUGAGGAAUCCUCAGUAUUCUGAGGCUCAAGUUUUAUUUGGUAUCUUAAAAAUAGUUUCUUCUGUCUUUAGAUAAGAGCACACAGUUUCCUGCAUGAUCCAGGAAGUCUGAAGCUCUCAACAGAGAGAUGUGUUGCUGUUUUUACUCUGAAUUCAAUUUAUCUGACUCUGCUAUCUCAUUGAAACGCUCGGUAUCGUCUCAGAAUAAGGAGAAACAAAGCCAAGCUUUAUGUAAGUGAGGAUUAAGUAAGUCCGAUAGAUGCAUGUGUCGGUGAACUUGAGUAGAGAGGGCAGGAGAAAGUGCAUUUUAAAAUGGAACUAGAGAGGUGUAAUAAACAAGACAUUGAGUGUCCUGUGCGGAGUAAGAUAACAGCAAUUCCAGCAGGACAGUCUUAGCCUGGUUCCAGAUCUGUUUGUGCUGUCUUGCCAACUCCUGCAUGGCACGACGAUGACUGGCAGGUGUUGGUAAUACGGCACCAACAGAUCUGUGGCCAUGCCAGGACAGUCUGCUGCAGGACAGAGCGGUUCAAUGGAAGUGAGAGACUGUUUAUUAGUAAGUGAGACCAGAGAAAAUGAGAAGUACCACCAGACAGGUAGAGAAAGAGCCACACAGCUAUCAAAGACUACUGAUGAGAGGACUAAUGAAACUUGACAGUACAUUUUGUACAGUAAUCGAGAGCGACAUUUGUCUGAUUUCUCAAAGGAUGUCUUCUUUGUUGCCGUUUCCUUGGACUGCCGUUACAGAUGUGAUGCAGAGAGUGUGUGGAAGGUCGAGGUAACUUCAUUAUGAUACUCCGACACCCUCGGUCUUCACUUGAGAUAAAGUGCCCUCAGCUCCAUGAAACUGGAGUAAAUAAUAAAAGAUCAUGUCUGCAACUCCACUGUGUUUCUGCUUCGUUCUGCCAAUCCUAUUGGUUAGAAAACACUAAUACUGGUGUUGCUCCUCUGUGGAGUUGUAAACGCCUUUUCAGAUCCCAGAACCAUUAGUGAGCAGUUCCCCUAGCCUCCAUUCAGAGAUAUCAGAGCAGCUACUAACAUUGCCAGUAAUGUGUACAGGAAUAUCCCUGGUUCACCUCGUGUUUUGUUUGGAAUAUGUUAACUGGGUCCUGUUUCUUUUUGAAUACACAAUGGAGUUUUUUUAAUGAUAAAUGGGGACAGAGUUGUUCUAACGCUACUACUCGCCCAUUUUGAGUGUCAUUCCUUUUCCUCUGUAUGUUUCGCACAGUGUGUUUUUAUAACUUAGUCCUCUGUGGAUUGUGGGACAUUAUAGCAGAGAGUUUGACUCUCUUGUGGGACAUUAUAGCAGAGAGUUUGACUCUCUUGUGGGACAUUAUAGUAGAGUUCCAAUAACACCCUCUCUGCUGCUCUCUGUCAGUUAUAAAGAAUUUGGUAUUGCUUAUGUUAAGACUGGAAGAGUGAUGCCGUAACGUUGGUGGUAUACCCAAUACAUUACUGGGAGCUUGGAUAUAGUGUGUGACUCUUUAUUUUUAUAGCCUACAGUUUACUCACCAUUAGUCAGCACCUCCUACACAACAUUUUUCUGAGUGUGAGCCAACACAUGCUUUUUUAUAUGACUGGAAGUUCACCACUUUUCACUGCAUUCCACACUAUAUGUCAACACUCACGAUCAUAUACCCAUUUUAUCAUGUUAUACACAGAAUAAUAUAUUUAUCAUGGGCCACACCCCCAGAGGGGCCUUUAGUCUAUGGGCCCUGUGUGCCAUAAAAGUUUGAUAAAUGUAUACAUUGUUUGUGUUUUCUAUGUCAUAAGUUUCAUUGCUGAAAUUGAACAGGAGUAAAUGAACUGGUGUGUGAUUUAGAGUAUGGAUGCAAGCAUUGAUACAUUGAUAUGUUGUCCUUAAUUGUUGAUGUGUUUUAUUGAAGUGUGUUGCAUGUAUGCAGAAUAGUACAUGUUGCACAAUAUCAAUUUGGUGACAUGGUGAAUUUCUGUACUUAAAUUAAUAGAUGUUAGAUGAAGCAUUGAAAACUCCCAAUGAUCUGGUUUUGUGGAUGAGUAAAUGAUAAGUACAUUCAUAUGCCAGUGGUUUGAUGGUCGGGGUGAGGUAUAGUUUUUCUCUUAUAUCUCUAUAAUUAGGAAACUUAUUUAGUCAGUGGGUGAAAAUAAUAUACAAUGUAUUGACUCAGUUUGAACCAAAUGUAACCUCACAAUCUUUCUUAGAAAAAAAUUGUAUUACAAAAGACCAAAUAAAAAAUAGAAAAUGUUGAAUACA